CUGUUUUUUUAAUACCCGUUUAACUACAGUAGGCUCCCAGCUGUAGUUUCACUUCAGACUAUUAUGAUUGCAUGAAAUGUGCUAAUAGUUUGGUGCACAGAGUGCCAAAGCAAACCCCUUAUUUUGCUAGCAUUCAGUUUGCAUUUCACAUGAUAUUCACCUGAAAACAAUAAUAAGGAAAUAAAUAGUAAAAAGAGAAAAAUGCAGCAGGACUACACUUUUGACAAGGUUAUCUUUUGGCUAUGAUUAAGCUUGACCUGAUGAUCAACUACGAGGAGUGGAGACUGUUCUCUACUUCUGCUUUUCAUCCAAAAUUCAGUGAAAUUGUGAGGUGACUUCUGGGGUUGGUGGAUUUUAUCCAUUUAGUUGGUCAGUGAAAAUAUGGGAAGUCUAAUAUCCAAAGCAGCUGAUCAGCAACCUUUGUUAAAUGAUAGAGAUGAAGUCACACUCUUGGACGAGAUGUCUGUUGUGCUUAUGGGUCAUCAUGGAGUUGGGAAGAAUACAGUUGGGAAUGCUAUUCUUAAGAAGAAUGCCUUUAGAUCCAAAGAUAGCUCUAAAGACUACUACUUGAAGCAUGAAAACACAACAUUUGGCAGACAUGUUAUAGUGACACGUGUCCCUGGCUGGCAUGCCGAUUUAAACUCUGAAAAGAACUUCCAACAUUGGCAAGUGAUUAAAGACAGCUUGUGGUCGGUUAAGGAAAAACCCCAUGUUAUUAUCUUAGUUGUUGAUAUGAACACUAAACCUGCAGACACAACAAAAGAGAAAUUAAAGCAACUUUUGGGUGAAAAUGUUUUACAUCAUAUUUUAAUCGUUUCAGUGAAUUCAAAAAACAUUGUGGUUUAUCACAGUAGGGAAAAAACAACCACCAUCCACAGGUGUAAAUAUCACUUAUUUUCAAGAUGUGCAUGUGAAAAACAAAAUAUAAAAUUUAUUGAAACAAUUGAGUACUUUAUUGCAUAUAAGAAUGACCUUCGUUUCUACGACAUGCAGAAUAAGGCACCAAACCUUGAACUGCAAUUGCAGGAACAGGCUAAGCUAGUAGAUGGACUAAAACACAAAAUAUCAGUUCUCUCUUCCAGAAAUAAUUUAAUGGGAAAUGUAAUAACUUCACAAAAUGAUGAAAUAAAUGAACUACAAGAUCUGCUGGAAAAAAAGGAGAAGAUGCUGAGAGCCAAGAAGGAGGAGAUAGCAAGAUUAAAAUCAAAUCAAAAUCACACAGAGCUCUCUGCCUUGCAUAAAAGGAUUGAACAGCUUGAGAAUGAAGCAAAGAGUGCAGAAAAGUGUCGAAAAAAGAUGGAAGAAGUGUAUCAGAAAAAGAUAGGUGAAAUGGAAAACAAACUUCAGGAAAAAGAUGAAGAGAUAGAAAAACUGAAAAAAGAGAAAAGGAAAACAAAGGCAAAGGCAUCAUUCAUGAGUGGGCUGAAGAAGGAUACUAAUUCACUUGAAUUAAAAUUAUUGAUCCCAGCAGAAACAAUGGAUGGUGAAGCACAUCAAGAAAGUGAAGUCAAAAGAGGUGUGCAAUUUGUGAAGAAAAACCGCAACGAGCUCAUUGAAAGAAUUGUGGCAGUGAAGCCCAUUGCUGAUGACUUGUUUCCGAUUAUUGGCUCCCAUAAAUAUGAGAAGAUUCUACAAGCUCCAACUGAGUACGAUCAAAAGAGACUGCUUUACGUCAUAACAGAAAAAGGUGGAACAAAUUCAAAAUAUGCAUUCUACAAAUCCCUUUUAAAGCAUGAGAAAUGUCUAGUAGAGGACUUAGAAGAGAAGCUAUCAAAAUAAAAAACCUGCUAAGCCUCAAAAAUGGAAAGUUUCAUAUUCUAAAAUGUCCAUUUAUUUUCUGGGGAAACAAACAUACCAGUGAGAUCAACAACUACUUUAUUUUGAGAAAAUGGGAAAAUUGUGGAAAGAAAAACAAACAAACUUUAUCUAAGCAGAUUGUCUAAUUAGACAAACUAAAAGCCUUAAACUCUUGAAAAGCUGAGGAAUGGCUUGCAAAACUGACUUUGUUCAUUGAAAAAAAAAGUUUCUUUUUUUUUGGUGAUUGUAGUUGUGGUGCUUGUCGCUAUGUGGAUCCAUUGUUCUUAUCUGUUGUGAUGGCACUGUAGCCAUGUAUGCUAUGUAAGCCAUACCAGCAAAAGCCUCCAUUGGACAGUUUCCGGUACCUAGGUGUUCACAUCACACAGGACCUGUCUUUGUUCUGUCACAUCAACACCCUGGUGAAGAAGGCCCGGCAGUGUCUGUACCAUCUGGGAUACUUAAAGGACUUCAAACUACCCUCUCGGGUGCUAAAGACUUUCUAGACCUGCACCAUUGAGAGUGUCCUGAUGGGUAGCAUCACUUCCUGGUUUGGGAACAUCACCAUGCAAGACAGACGAGCCCUCCAGAGAGUGGUGCGGUCAGCUGAACGUACCAUCCACACCGAGCUCUCUGACCUGCAGGACAUCUACAACACGCGGUGCCGGACCAGGGCCAGGAAGAUUGUAAAGGACCUCAGCAUCCCAACAAUGGACUCUUUUCUUUGUUGCAUUCAGGGAAACGCUACCGCUCCUUGAAAGCAAACACAGAGAGCACGGGAAGAAGCUUCUUCCCACAGGCCAUUCGGAGUUUAAACCAGGAUCCAGGAUCUAGUUCUGGACCUUUCCCUCUAAUUUCACUUUUUUCUGCACAACCUUUUUUUUUUUUUUGCACUAUGACACUUUUUGAACUCUGGACUGUCAUUUUUUUUACACAAUAAUAUAAAUACUGUGUUAUAAUUAAUAAUUUAGUUAAUAAUUUAAAAGAACAAAUGAAAUAAAGUAAAAACAUUUACUUAUUAUGCAUGUGUGACAUAACAUAGCAUGACAUGUGUUGCAGCUACGCCUGUAUAGGUAUAAUAUCAUUAAAUUUUAUUUUAAAAAUGGAGCGGUUUCUUGUGCCAAAGAAGAGACCUUGGUAUUCUAAUUCAGAUUUUGGUUCUAGUGAAAAUAAGAAUAUAAACUUACCUCAGCCUGAGGUACAGAACGGUUCAGAUAAUGAUUAUUUGGAUUGUUUUAUAUUGCUGAACGCAUUUAUAAAUUUACCGUCAACCACAACAACUGCCGCAUGGUCCUAAUUUGAGAUUUCAAAGAGUAAAUCAUGUUAUUUGGUAACUACCUGGUGCUAUAGGUGUUUAUAUGUAUAUAUGGAAAAUUUGUUGGAAGAUUAAUAUUUUUAAUGUUUAAUAUUGUUUUUUUGAGUGCCUCUUUAAUUUCAUAAAAUGAUGAGGAAAAAUAAGUUGCACUGUCCUGGUGGUUUGAGUAAGUGGUAACUAUUAUUAAGUACAUAGUGUCUGGUAAAUAUAACCCCAUGUUUGUUGCAUUGCCAUUGACUGAAAUUUUGCAAACUGGCGUGCCCUCAGCACCUGCAUUCAAAAUAUUCUCCUGCCGCCAGAUUUCAGUUAAAAAAUAUUAGUUACCCAUUUCACACUAAUAACAGCUGCCCCUAUAUGCUGUUGGGUAUCAGAAGCGGAAAAGCAAAAGAUUAUAAAAACAUUGAAUUUUACAGCAUACUCAUACCUGUCCAAGCCAACAGAAUAUGGCUAUGAUUACUGGCAAAUGUCACCUAACAUCACUUUAAAAACAGUGAUGUUGAGUUACUAAUUAAGAAUUUAAGAAGUUUAUUUUAUUAGUUAACAUGUAGUUUUGAUUGCCUUAAUAAUUCUUUAUUUUAAAAUCUUCAUCAAGAAACAAGUUAGAUCAUGUUAGAUAGCUACAGUAGUCCAUGUUCUUACUGAAGAAUUGCUUAUAGUUAAAUAACCCUGUUCAGCUAAUUAAUUAACUUUUCAUGGCCAUUACCACAUCAUCAACAUUGUACUUGUAAAUAAGCACUCCUUGACUGUGCCUUAUACAACAAGGUCCUAAGCAUCAAAAGACUUAUAUGUUUUCAAUUUAUGUAUACAUGCUGUCAAUAUCUUUAUGUGUAUGUCUGCCAUUGCUGUCCUUUUAGUGCUUGUUGAUGAAUAGUAUUUAAGAUAUUAAAAUACUAAAAGAUUUUAUAUAGUUUAUAUCACCAUUUGCACUUUUGUAUAAACAUAUCUUUUUACAUAUAUUUUCAUAUAGUUUAUACUUUUUAUUU